UUAAAGUUAAAAUACAAAUAGUUUUCCUUCUAAUUUCAAUAAAACCAACAAAUUUACAGCACAGCAUCAUAGAAGAAUUCCGAUGCAAACUUUAAAAUUCAAUAUCUCAAAACUAGCUUAAUGUGGAUUGGAUCCUUAUCGUGUAUCUACGUCCAAAUAUUUUAACGAAAUAAUUUUAGUGCAGGUGUAGUUUUCGACCAUAGUUACUGAACCAGAAGGAUGGUGAAAAACUGUACCAAGAAAAAUGAGAGGAAAGUUGAAAAUGAUAUGCAAAAUGCGGUGACUGCUGUAUUGAAAUAUAGAAUGGGUUAGGUAUCGUUUGGCUGCUACCACUAAUGUUCCACUUACGUUAGAGCGGAAAGUUGCGCAGGUGUUUACGAUAACCCACUACGCAUCGAGCAACGAUCUUAUCCACUAGCGUACCCACCCGUAUCUUGUCAAGACGGCGUAGACACCCUUUUUUUCUAUUUUUAUAACCAAAGACCUCAUAUUAUGUGAUUAAAAAGCUAUAUUUAAAAUAUAAAAAUAAUGUUUUUUAAUUAUGCUCAAAGCUUAGUGUCCCCGUCAUUCCCCGCCUUUCCCUAGCACUCCUUUUUCCGUGUUUUGAUGAUUCUGACGACAAAGCGCUUGGUGACAUAUAUGACGUCAGGUGACCUUAAAUUGUUCCGCCGAUGAGCGCGGUGACGUAUACGUUGAAGCCUGCCCAGACGAUUAUAAAUUGUACGAACGACUUUUGUAUGAACAACUUAUGACCAUAGACGAAUAUUAUAACUAUUUUAUCCAUAUCAAUAUUCAAAUACCGAGGGUAUGUGUUUUGUGUAAUAACUAGGUUAGUGUAUGUGGUAUAAAGUAACAAUGAAGCCGUAGGACUUACCGUGUGCACGUGUUAAAGCACGGGAACCGGGAAUAGAGAAGGCUUACUCCCGUUUAUUAUUAUACAUAUAUUAUACAUAUAUUAUUUGGAUAUUACUUUCUCUUGUAUGCCAGUGCUCUGAGAGUUGAUAAAGCUGUAUGAGAAGAUAAAUUUUUAUCUUUUCCCCAACGAGAAAAUUGUAUCUUGCCCAAGCUAGCUGUGGUCACCUGUGCACUCCGCGUCGAUACAUGAAUCAUUUAAAAUUAUUAGUUUAAUUUUUAAGUAAGUAUUUCGUUUUGUUUGACGUUGGAAUUAUUUUUAACUCCUUUUUCUCAAAUCACAAUUAUUUCGCGUUCUAGUUGUUAACAUUGACGUUGAGCUGUGUAAGAUUCAUAGAGACCUGCCUACCUUCGGAAUAAAGGAUAGAAUACUUUCGAAUGAAAAAUAUUUCAUUUUUCACUCCUGACUUCACCCUUGAAAUAACUAUUUUAAUACGGUACGUAGGAUGCGCGCGCAUAUCCACAUCUGACCUAAUUUAAUUUGUUUGUCAGCGUCAGUAGUUAAGGUUACUACGUAGCUUUUGUGAAAUAUUAAUUUAAAUGCAUAAAUGUUGUACAUCGCACCAGACUCAGAGGACCCGAAGACGAUUAAAUGGAUUGCAACUUCCUUUAAACUAUUUGCAAGUUAUCAGUUGGGUUGUCUUUUUGAUAACAGCGUUAUUUAACUUUGUUGUGCUUAUACAGAUACAAUUUAACGAACUAAGGCUGGUGGCAUUGAUAGUUUAUGUUAUUUUGUAUGUGUUUCAUAUAAUUUCGCACCUUGUUGCACUACUAUUGGAUCCGGGAGAAACGGAUAUACGGAAACAGGAAAUAAAUACUCUUCCGGAGUUUGAUCGGACAAUACACGCCCACGUUAUUGAAAAUGGAAGGUGUCAUCUGUGUAAUAUAAAUACCAGUACAAGGAAGACGAAACACUGUGGGAUAUGCAACAAAUGUGUCGAUCACUUCGAUCAUCACUGCAAGUGGUUGAACAAUUGUGUUGGUCAACGCAAUUACUCAGCCUUUAUUUUAUGUGCCCUUUCAGCUUUAUUAAUAGCUCUAUUAACAUCAGUUCUGUGUGUAACAGAUAUUACCUUAUUCUUUACAAAUCCACGACAACUUAGUUCGAUGGCACAACACUUUGUAAAUUGUACACAAGAAACAAAUGUGAGUGAUACCAAUAAAUAUUGUGUAAGUUCGAUAUCGUUUUUAACAUUUCUACUGAUAUUGUGCAUUUCUGGUCUAGCUAUAUCUUUUGCUUUGUUACAUUUACUAUGUUUUCAUGUUUAUAUAUCGAUCUUGGGGGUCUCUACCUACGAUUAUGUUAUAAAAAAUUCGCAAACGACAUCCAUAAGUUUUUGUUGUUGUGGAACGCAAAUAAGAAAGCUCUAUCAAAUGAAUAAAUAUAAAACAAAAUCCAAUGAAACUUCCCAUGGAAAAGGGCAUAAUACACCUCAGACUGAACCUAACGUCCAACAUUUUUUGAGUAAUUUAAUUAGCGAAGAGAUAAACAGGGCUAAAAAGAUUUUUAUAUACGACACUAAUAAAAUCCAUCCAAGUAAUGAAGAUCGAUUUAGUUAACGCAUUUUAAUCACGAUAACUUUUCUAUUUUCUGUGAACGACGCUUACUAAGCAACUGUAUUUUUAUUUAGUAACUGUACUUUAUAAUGUACCAUUAUUUAUUUAAACGUUUGAGUUCUAAGAGCUUUGGUGAAGUGCCUUGUUGAUAUGAAAAUAUAUUUCAUUUUGAUAAGAUUAUCGUUAUGUUAAUAAGAUUUAUUUCUAUUUAAGCAAAAUA